AUGUCUUUGGAAGAAGACCUGUGUGAGAAGUAUUAUGCUUCCACGACUACGCGAAAUGCUCAAGGUCGCUAUGUCGUGUCGUUGCCGCGAAAUGCCAAACCGGAGAAAGUCCUGGGUUUGUCAAGGGAUAUAGCAGAUCGGCGUUUGUUGGGAGUUGAACGGCGGCUAAAGGCCAAUCCUGUAAUGGAAAAGGAGUAUAAAAGGUUCAUGGUAGAAUACGAGCAGUUGGGACACAUGGUGAAACUCACCGAACCUGUCGACGAUAGUGAGCCGCACUGCUACAUCCCUCAUCAUGCCGUGAUUAAGGAGUCGAGUUCUUCAACCAAGGUUCGUGUUGUUUUCGAUGCAUCCUGCAAAACAACAUCGGGCUACUCCUUGAACGACACCUUACUCAUUGGCCCAACGGUACAAGAUGAUCUGCUCACAAUCAUCUUGCGAUUCAGGAAGCAUUCUGUCGCAUUAGUGGCAGACGUGGAGAAGAUGUACAGGCAGAUCCUGCAUUAUGAUAAAGAUCGAAAACUGCUACGCAUUCGAUAUCGGGAACGUUCAACCGAACCAAUAGCAACGUAUGAGCUACAAACGGUGACCUACGGUACCGCAUCAGCUCCGUUCUUGGCCACUCGUACGUUGCAACAAAUCGCGCAUGACAACAAACAGGAGUACCCCAAAGCCGUAGACCCGGUUCUGCAUGAUUUUUAUGUGGAUGACUUGCUGACUGGUGCAGCAAGUGUUUCAGAAGCCAUCGAGACACGUAAACAGAUAUCAUCGAUGUUGGAAUCAGCGGGCUUCUCACUAAAGAAAUGGGCGUCGAACAUACCGGCUGCGCUUGAUGGUGUUCCAAGCGCCGAUUUGGCCAUCAAAUCAGUUCUAGACUGGCAAGAAGACCAAGCAGUCUCAACACUGGGCUUGGUUUGGGAACCAUCCAACGAUAUGUUUCGGUUUCGGGUGGAUUUGCCAACCCCUGCAGAAGAGCUGACACGAUGCCUGGUGUUAUCAUACACGGCCAGAAUCUUCGAUCCUCUUGGUCUGUUGGGACCAACGGUGAUACUCGCCAAGAUGUUCCUGCAACGCCUAUGGGGAUUGAAGCACGAGGGGAAGACGCUGGACUGGAAUCGUCCGCUACCAGCGGAGAUUCAGGAAGAGUGGAGGAGGUUCCACUCAACGCUCUAUGUGUUACGCGAACUGCGAGUACCUCGAUUGGUGGCACAUAGCAAUCCGGAAAGGCUGCAGCUGCAUCUCUUCGCGGAUGCAUCUCAAGGAGCCUAUGGAGCAUGUUGUUACGUACGCUCGGAUUCGACACGGGGCUCUACGGUUAGAUUGCUAGCGGCUAAGUCCAAGGUGGUGUCCCUCUCAAACACACAUUCCAUCGCCAGAUUAGAACUGUGUGCAGCACGGCUAGCAGUACACCUGUUCCAGAAGGUGAUUCGAGCACUCAACGUUUCAUCGUCGACGGUUAUCUGUUGGACAGAUUCCAUGACCGUCAUGCAUUGGCUCAAAUCAUCACCUCGUCGAUGGAAGCCGUUCGUCGCCAACAGGGUGGCGCAAAUACAAGAGGAGACCCGAAUUUCAUGCUGGCGUCAUGUUCCUGGUAGCGAUAACCCGGCGGAUGAUAUAUCGCGCGGGUUGAGGCCCGAAGAGUUACUGCAGUGCGAGCGAUGGUGGCAGGGGCCACGUUGGUUGUCCUACGGACAGGAAGAGUGGCCGGUGGAACCAGUACUCGCGAAAGAGAACGAGACGGACAUCGAGGAGCGGUUAGCGGUGUCCAAAAUAGUCAUCACCUCUACGACGUGUGACUUUAGCAACAUACUUUUCGCACGUUAUUCCUCGUACGGCAAGUUGCGAAGGGUUGUUGCUUAUUGCUUGCGAAUCCUCUCCAACCUCAGGGCGAGCAAGUCAACGUCGAUCAACAGCGUCAAGCGGAAUACAGACAUGAAGACGCUAUUGAGUUCCGUUCCACCGCUUACAGCGGCGGAGUUGCAGGAUGCGGAACUGAGGUUGUGUCAACGGGCACAACAUGAUUCGUUUGCGGAGGAGAUGGACGACCUGAAACGAGGAAAGCUGGUGAGCGGAAGGUCGAGACUAAAGUGGUUGUCUCCAUACCUCGACCCAAAGGGUGUGUUACGCGUCGGUGGCCGGCUUGGUAACGCCAACAUACCACAGUCAACCAAACAUCCGAUUGUCCUCGCUGCAUCACAUCGGCUGUCGACACUACUGGUCGAGAACACUCAUCAUCAAAAGAUGCACGCGGGGCCACAAUUCAUGUUAGCAACAAUCCGGCAGAAGUUUUGGUUGAUUGGGGGCCGAAACUUAGCAAAGAGCGUGUAUCAUCGAUGCCACACAUGCUUUCGGAACAAGCCAACGCUGGUGAAACAGGCGGUAGCUGAUUUGCCUAAGUCACGAGUGACACCAACGCGACCGUUUGCCGUCAGCGGCGUCGACUACUGUGGGCCGUUUUUGUUAAAGUCGACCGUCCGCAACCGAAGCCCAACGAAGGCAUACAUCGCGAUAUUCGUAUGUUUCGCGACAAGGGCAGUCCAUAUCGAGCUGGUGAGUGAUCUCACAUCGACUGCCUUCCAAUCAGCACUACGUCGCUUUGUCGCGAGACGUGGUAAAGUAGCCGAAUUGCAUUCGGACAAUGCAACGACGUUCAAGGGCGCGGCACACGAGUUGCAUCGCAUCUAUAGGAUGCUGAAAAUCGAUGAGGGUGAUAGGAGAGCGAUCUUUGAUUGGUGCGCAGAGAACGAACUGGUAUGGAAGUUUAUCCCCCCGCGUGCGCCUCAUUUUGGAGGACUUUGGGAAGCGGCAGUUAAGUCCGCUAAAAGGCAUCUGUUAAAGACGAUAGGAGUUAGAAGUGUGACGCAAGAAAAUAUGCUUACCCUUCUGGCACAAGUUGAGCUUUGUUUAAAUUCGCGUCCAUUGAUACCAAUAUCAGAUGAGCCAACAGAUUUGGAAGCACUAACCCCGGGCCAUUUCUUGAUAGGGAGUAGCAUGCAGGCGGUACCACAAGUAGAUCUUAGCAAGAUUUCUCCGAACCGUUUGAAGGAGUACCAAUUAGUGCAAAGGCAGAUGCAAGAGAUUUGGGCACGGUGGUACCCAGAAUAUCUACAGCAGCUACAGGCCAGGGCAAAGCACGCGAACAAUACACCGGUGAAGCUAGAAGUGAACCAAUUAGUGAUCGUGAAAGAAGACAAUACCCCACCUGCA